GAACAAAUAGUAACCCUAAAACUAAAAAGAUUGUGCACCAGGCGGAGGCAGGCGGAGAGGCAGUUGAUUUCGAUCAAUCUUCAGGCGCGGUGAGGUACUCCCUGCUUCGGUCGAAGCUCUCCAGUCACCAGUCGGUCUCGGUCGUGACUCUCGGACUCAGCUCCAGCCGGCAGGCGAAGGGCUCCCGUGGUUGACGCAGCUCCUGGCUUCAGGCGCGGUGAGGUACUGUCAGUGGUUGACGCAGCUCCUGACCCCGUGGCUCGAUCACGUGGUUGACGACGCAGCUCCUGGCUUUAGUCUCCAAUCGGUCUCGGUCGUGAGUAUCGUGAGUGGUUGACACAGCUCCUGCCCUGUGGCCCGAUCACGUGGUUGACGCAGCUCCUGGCUCGGUGGCUCCCGUGGUUGACGACGCAGCUCCUGGAUUCAGUCUCCGGACUCACUUCAGUUCUGAACUAUCUCUAUCUCGACGUUCUCCAGACUCCGCUACCCCUUCAUCUCGCUGUCAUCAUCACUGGGUCUGUGGCUGUGAUUUGCGUUUUUCUUGGCUCUCAAUCUCUACCUCUUUGACUGUUCUCUUUUGCUCACUGUUCUUCCACAUUAGUACGCUGCCUCGUCUUUCCUCCUGGUGACCGGCCUUCGACUCACAAUGGUCUCUCACUCACAUGCACAAGAUGGAGCUGAGGGAAUUGGGCACCCAAAUUCUUCUGGGGAUUUGUCAUCAGAAAUGGAGGUUGAUGCUUUCAAACGCCUUUUCCCUCUUCGCUUCUUUGAGCGUCAUCUCACAGAAUCUAUAAGACCUGAUGGUAGAGCUCUUGGGAGAGCCAGGGAUUCAACUUUAGCUCUAGGUGCGGUUGCAUCUGCUAAUGGAUCAGCAUUAGCAAAGAUUGGUUUAACUACCAUGUUGGCUGCCAUAAAAAUGGAAGUCAUGACCCCUUCAAAAGAGUCACCAGAUGAGGGAUGCAUAGCUGUUGAAUUCCACAUGCCUCCCAUAUGCUCUCCCCUUGUCAGGCCAGGUAGGCCAGCUGAGGCAGCACCAGUUGUGUCGAAGCAGUUGUUUGAUACUAUAUUAAGUUCUGGCAUGAUUGAUUUGAAAGAUUUAUCAUUGGUUAGUGGAAAGGCUGCUUGGAUGGCCUACUUGGAUAUAUAUUGUUUGGAUGCUGAUGGUGCUCUUUUUGAUGCUGCUUUGCUAUCAGCUGUUGCUGCAUUUUCUCAUUUGCAGAUUCCUGUAGUUUCUAUGAAUGAUGAUGGAAAGGUGAGUGUUGUCUCAGAGGAAGAAGAUGAAGGAAGAGCUGUAGUAAAUAAAGAGAGAAGAAAACUCAAAUUAAGCAGGAUUCCAUUUUCGUUAACAUGCUUACUUCACAAGAAUUACAUAUUGGCCGAUCCUACUGCAGAGGAAGAGUCAAUCAUGGAUACUCUUGUAACUGUGGUUUUGGAUUCUUCUGACCAACUCGUGUCUCUUUACAAGCCAGGCGGACCAGCUCUCGCCCAUACAUCGUCUGUUCAGGAUUGCAUUGCUUUGACUAGACAAAGAGUAAAGGAACUGCAGAUGAUUUUAGAUGAAACCAUUUCUGGAAUGGAAGUUGAUUAGUUUUGUUCUUCUGAGGGAAUUGUCUUAUUUAUAGAUGUAUAUUCCUUUGAUGAGAAAACCCUUAAAAAGAUUUUUGGAAAGUGUCAUAGUUUUGGUUUGUUUGUGGAACUUUUUCACAAUUUUCUUGUCUUUGGUACAUUUAGGAAAAAAAGCUAGCUAGUGGAGAAUGAAAUGGCUAAUGAGAGGUGGCCUUUAUAGAUUUUGCUAUUAUGUUUUCCCACUUGUUGACGACUCUAACUAAUAUCAAAGUUAACCAACAUCUUUUCAUAUCAUUA